UUUUAAAACAUUGCUGCUGCAUAAAAAUGGAAGGAAGUUGGGGCAUAGUUUUUGUGAUAUCCAGGCAUUUUACCUUUUAACAAAUGUAGGCAAAAGGCAUAAGACUUAAAAACACACGUUUUUAUUCUUUUUCCCUUUUUUUACGUCAUUUUGUCUUGAAAACAGCAGAAACCCGAAGACAACGCAAUAAUUAAAGUGUCAAAGGGCAGUUUCUGAUCAUACUCUUUUCUCUCUUUAUCUUAGUGACUAUCUCAUCAUAAACAAAAGUUUCAAUUGUUUCUCUUUUUCUAUUCUUUCCUAUUUCUUUCUAAUUUUACAAUUAUAAAAUAAAUGGCACGGAUAGAAAGCAGCUUGCCGAAUAUAUACAAUGAGCCUCAUUUGUAUGAUCGGCCAAGUGAUUUCUACGAUGACAACGAGGAAGACGAUGCGCCCAUGUUACCCAACUCCAUGAACGCGCCGGCCAACUUGAAUCCACAUAACAGUGGAUAUAUACUUGGGCCCAACAAGACAUUUAAAAUUAUAUUCCUUACAUUAUGCUUAGCAGGACUGCAGUUUACAUGGACUGUAGAAAUGGCUUACGGCACACCCUAUUUAUUAUCAUUGGGAUUAUCGAAAUCUUAUAUGUCACUGGUAUGGAUUGCAGGACCGCUAUCAGGCCUUGUGAUGCAGCCGUUAGUCGGGGUUAUUUCAGACAGUUGCAGAUCAAAAUGGGGCAGACGCAGACCAUUUCUAGUGGGAGGCAGCAUUGUAGUGGUUCUCAGUUUACUAGCGAUUGGCUGGACAAGAGAAAUUACUGGCUUAUUAACGAAUGAUUCAGAAGGAGGAAACACAUUCACAACAGUUUCCAUUAUAAUAGCUAUUGCUUCGAUCUAUACCCUAGAUUUCAGUGUGAAUUGUGUACAAGCUUCUUGUAGAGCAUUGCUUGUGGACUCAUUACCGCCUUCACAGCAAGAGGAUGGAACAGCAUGGGCUGGCAGAAUGGUUGGUUUAGGCAAUGUAGCGGGAUACUUUAUGGGAUAUGCAGAUCUUGUGCGUGUCUUUCCCUUCUUUGGGGAUACUCAAUUGAAAGUACUAUGUGUCUUUGCUACAAUUGUACUAUUAGCUUGCGAUUUUAUUACGUGCUAUACAGUAAAGGAAAAGGUUUUCGAGCCAGAAUACACUUCCAGAAAGAAAAAAUCGCCGUUUGCUCUCUUUUCAGACAUAUUCCGAAACAUUUGGCAUUUACCUCAACCCAUUCAACAAAUUUGCAAUGUACAGUUUUUUGCUUGGAUAGGUUGGUUUCCAUUCUUAUUCUAUUCAACAACAUGGGUAGCCGAAAUAUACACGAGAACAUUACUCGUUGACGACAACGAUACAUUAACAGACAAAGUGGGUCAAGCAACAAGAGCUGGCUCUUUCGCAUUCCUUGUAUAUUCACUUGUAUCUCUAUCGUCUUCAUUCAUUGUCCCUUUACUCGUUUCACCCUCGUCAACACUUACCAACAAAAGGGACAAUAACACCGAGACCAACCAUGAAGGAUUUACUUUACAUUUACCUGGAGGCCGAGAGUAUCAAUUAUCAAUCUUGAAGUAUAUAAGAGUGUCCUUCUUGACUCUACCACGCGCAUGGACCAUCAGUCACUUUGUAUUUUGUAUUUGUAUGCUUUCAACUGUCUUUGUAGCCGAUGUGACAGCAGCAGCCGCUGUGAUAGGUAUAUGCGGGAUUAGUUGGGCCAUAUCCAUGUGGGCACCCUUCUCUCUGCUUGGAGAGUUUAUAUCAGAACAGGAAGCGAAAAGCAGCAAGAAUACCAACGUACCAGCGAACGGCUUAUACUACCGACCAGAAAUGAUGGGUUCAAGGGUCAGUUUAGCGGGCUUGGGGAUGAUAGGAGCUGAGCCCACCUUAUACCAUCCCGUAGCCUCAAGAGAGGAAGAAAAUAUUGAAUUAUUAGGUGUCAAAAAGUCUGAAAGCAAUCCUAUGAAAGAAAUAGGAGAUAGUACAGACAACGGAGAAAGCAGCAGUCAGGGUGGAGGACUGGAUGACGAAGAAGUUCAGCGAGAACGCAGAUCACAGAAUGCAAACACCGAGCCGGCUGCUGCUGGUGUGUUAUUGGGUAUCCACAAUAUGUACAUCGUUUUACCACAGUUUUUGGUCACAUUUUUCAGUAGUAUCGUUUUUCGACUGUUAGAAAGUAGAGAUGAAGCAGCCUCCACCGAUGCUAUUGGAGUGAUACUACGAUUUGGUGCUCUUAUGGCUGGCGUUGCCGGCUUAUUGAGCAUGAAAAUUGGAAAAAAAUAAUCAUACCACUAUAUUAUUGUUACAGUUAAUAACUUAAUAAAUGAUUCCCUCAAACUUUGCGUAUUUCAUUUUGCGCAAGAAAAAUUCAAAAUUAACAAACGCCAUUAAAGAAUUGUUCGACAUGAGAUGAUUUUGUG